AUGAUGCUCUCACCCACCAGUUCUAUCGCCGAUUCCCAGGACAACUACCCCUCAUACGGACUAGACAACCCCACCGACGUGCUCGGCAGUUCUGAUGACGGAGAUGAAAAUGAUGUAUGCGCCCAUCACGCCAUGCCGCAGGCUGCCGGUAUCGAAGAGACAGGGACAAGGGCCGAUGAAUUGCUCAAUAGAGGCGAUGUAAAAUGGCGGCCAAGGUUUACUGUUGCGAGUCAGUUACGGGCUACGAUUUUGAAUUCCUGGAUCAAUGUGCUUAUUCUCGCUGCGCCGGCCGGUAUUACGUUGCACUUUGUCAAGGCGAAUCCAAUUGCCAUCUUCGUCGUUAACUUCAUUGCGAUUAUUCCGCUGGCUGCAAUGUUGAGUUAUGCGACAGAAGAAAUUGCUCUACGGACGGGCGAAACGAUUGGCGGAUUGUUGAAUGCCUCCUUUGGUAAUGCGGUGGAGUUGAUUGUUGCGAUCAUCGCGCUUGCCAAGAAGAAUGUCCUGAUCGUGCAGACUUCGCUGGUUGGAAGCAUGCUCUCGAACUUGCUGCUCGUUAUGGGGAUGUGUUUUUUCUUCGGUGGUAUCGAUCGUGUCGAACAGCAUUUCAAUGUCACUGGAGCACAAACUGCGACUUCUUUGCUCGCGCUUGCUGUGACUAGCUUGAUCAUCCCCACUGCCUUCCACAAAUGGAAAUCCACUACCGACAUGAGCAAAAUUGCCAGUCAUUCCCGAGGAACCAGCAUCCUCCUCCUAAUCACAUACGGUUGCUAUCUCUUUUUUCAACUGAAGUCCCACGUCGACAUAUACAACCGCCCCAGCCUUAAGGUUGCAAGACGCCGCCAAAAGGUUGGCAGAGGCGAUGCCAAUCGAAGAAUCGCUCAGAUGGCCACAAUUUUCGCCGCACCCAUAGAUGGAAACGUGCGGCCAAUGCAGAUGCAAGACCCGGGUGACAAGCCCGAACAGCCGCAGCUGACCAUGCUGCUCGCCUUAAUUACACUAGGCGUUUCAACUGCGCUUGUAGCUGUCUGUGCGGAGUUCAUGGUAGACUCCAUCGAUGCACUCACUGCCACUGGUAGCAUUAGCGAGACAUUCGUUGGGCUGAUUCUCCUUCCCAUCGUCGGCAACGCGGCAGAGCACGCUACCGCAGUGACUGUCGCUUGUAAGGAUAAAAUGGACCUUGCGAUUAACGUAGCCGUGGGCUCAAGUAUCCAAAUUGGGCUGCUGGUUCUGCCAUUGAUUGUUGCUAUUGGCUGGGUUAUGGGCGUCGAGAGCAUGACUCUCAACUUCGAUGUUUCCCAAGUAAUUGCUCUCUUUCUCGCUGUCCUGCUCGUUAGAUACCUCAUUGGGGAUGGCAAGUCUCACUGGCUUGAGGGCAUCUUGCUCAUGGUGCUGUAUCUGAUUAUCGCUAUGGCUGCUUGGAUUUUUGACUAA